AUGAAAUCGAAGAAUAUAUUUGCAAUAAUUUUUAUUGUAACAUUUCCUAGUAUUUGUAUAUUUAUAUACCUUUUUUUAUUAUCAUCAAUCUUAGAAAGCUUUUCUAGUAAUUUACAUGGCUUUAAACAUCCAAGAAAUGAAGAAUAUAUAAACUAUUCUUUAAUUAAAAACAAUGGAAUAAUUGAAGUUUUCGAUAAAUACAAAAAGAUAACUGAGUUUAAUUAUAAUGUGUUGGCAAGUAAUGAUGUUUAUUCAGUAAGAUCAUUAAUAAAAGAUAAAUUUAAUUUUAUUCCGGGGUUUAAUAUCAAAGUAAAAGAUCAGAUAAUAGUAAUUUAUACAUCGAAUUUGAUUGGAGAUGAAGUUUAUAAAUUAGAGCCCGGGGAAAUAAGAUGUUUUGAUGAUUUACUUAAUGCUAAAAUUUUAAAAUAUAAUAAUCCUGUAGGUUCAGCACUUGAAAAGGUUUUUAUUUAUUUACUCUGUAUGGGGUAUUUUGAUAGUAAAUUUUUAAUUCUAUAUAAAUAUUCAGUAUUGAUUUAUUCGACUGACGGUAGAUGUGUAUUGUUUAAUGUAGAUUUAAAUAACUUAUUACCAAGUAGAACGGGAAAAAAUACUUUUGUUGCAGCUUUAGCUACCACAUCAAAAACACUAUUUUUUUCUUAUUAUAAACAAAUGUGGAGAUAUGAAAAUAUAUCACUAGGAAUGUUUGUUAACUCAUUUGAAGAUUUUUUAAAUUAUCGGAAAAAUAGAAAAAUAGAAUCUUUGGUAGAAGCUGAUAGAUACUAUGAGAUCAAAAAUUUAAUCCCUCAAACAGAGUUAGAUUAUGUUUUUGAUAUAGCUAGAAAAAAUUUAUUACUAAAAUUAUAA